GAACGAUAAGAGCGGCUUGGUCUGCGCGUGAGCAGUAAGGUGAUUCUCACUGCCUUCUUCCAAUGACGAUAAAGAGGAACUUUAAGGAAAUCUCCAUCGCUGCCGCUUCCUCACCUAUGAACAACGGUUACAAAAGCCGGAAGGUGAGAAGUUUCAGACUCUUUUGUUGAUUGAUCGAUUUCUCUAAUAGUAUUGUUUGUUCAGCUAACGGAGGAAGCGUAUGCGCAGCAAAAAGAAGUUGAGGCUGAAGAAAACGCCGAGAAUAUCUCCAUGAGCGCCUUCUUUAAGCUAUCAUUGCAUGAGUUGGAAGAUGUUACUCAUAAUGUUGAUGAGAUUGAAAUCCAGAGCCAACUUGAUUACCAUGUGAGAUUCUUUCUUCUCAAUCGUUUGUGUUUUGAUGCAGCGCAUCUUCUCUUUCACCGCCAUUACAUGGCUUUGCUUCUUUUGGGCUUUACGUGUGUUCUAAGUUUCCUUUUAUUACUAGGAAUAGAUAACUAUAAACUUUCCUUUAUAGCUUAGGGUUUUAACUUUAUCAGCCUUAUAAAUAGCGGCUUAGUCUUUGUUUUAGAGAUACGAUUGAUUGAAUAAGAUAUUAAGUUUCUUUAAGAGCUUUAACGAGCACUGCGAAGAGUAUUCGCGUCCCCCUAAGAGCUUUAACAAGCACUGCAAAGAGUAUUCGCGCACUAUCCAUUGUUUUCGAAGUUGCUUUCGGUAACAAGUUACUAAAGUCGAGAUCAAACCCUAGAUCAUCGACUAAUACGGCUUCCGCACCAUAUCAGUUGGUAUCAGAAUCAGUACGUUUCGGGAAAGAACUUUCUUGUUUCCAUGACUAAGAAAACAGUUGGCGACAAUCGGGAUCAAAACCCGGAUGGCGCUACCUCAGAAUUAACUGACUUACGAACCUUCUUCAUUGAGAGCCAGGCGGCAUCUCAAGCAUCGAUUCAACAGCUAGGCGAAACCUUGGCAGGUCGCUUGGACGCCUUGACCACCGCAAUAACAGCUCUGGUUACACAGCAAAACCAACGCGAGGUACAAGUUCAACCACCAGGUCAACAACGACACCAGCCACCACCACAACACCAAGCACCACCACCACCGGGUCGCCUUCGACAACCACAAAACCUUCCCCAUCAGCCUCAGGGACAACGCCAACAAAGAAUCCAGCGUCACGACCAAUUUGACGAUGACGAGGAUGAAGUUCAUCAACGUUUGUUUUAUGAAGGCAUUCAUCAACAAAACCACCAUGACACUCACUGGGAAAGAAGCUUCCGAGUAGAUAUACCUGAAUUUCAUGGGGGUCUCCGCGGUGAUGAACUUCUCGAUUGGCUGAUUUCCGUAGAAGAAAUCCUAGAGUUUAAACAAGUUCCCAUCCAUCGCCGUGUUCCCUUGGUAGCCACGCGUUUUCGCGGCCAUGCUGCAACAUGGUGGAAACAGCUCAAGACAACUCGAUCACGCACGGGCAAAGCACCAAUCAAUUCAUGGGACAAACUCACUAAACACCUUCGCCAAACGUUCCUUCCGCACAACUACGAAAGAACCAUGUAUACUAAGCUCCAGAACUUGCGUCAAGGAAACCGAAGCGUAGAUGAGUAUGCUGAAGAAUUCGCCCUCUUAUUAACCCGGAAUGAGAUCAAUGACAGCCAAGUUCAACUCGUCUCGCGUUUUAUUGGAGGUCUUCGAACUCAACUUCAAAGUUCAAUGGCACAAUUUGAUCCGUUUACGGUUGGAGAAGCUCACCGUCGUGCAGCGUCAUUCGAGCAACAGUCGAAAUCGUCGAACUGGAACUCCUCGACGUCGAGAUCGCGUCCUCAAGACUCUGCCAACAGUAACACUCCAUCAACCACAACCAAAGAUGCCAGUCCAAUCAGUGAUGCGGCAGUUUCUGCGGCUAAACCUACCGCACCGGACGAUCAACAACUUAGGCGAUCUUCCCGACCUAACGCGUUGCGUUGUUACUCCUGCGGUGAACAGGGACAUCGACAAACAGCAUGUCCCCAUGCCACACGACGAGGGUUAAUAAUUGAUGAGGCUAUUGACGAACAAGAUAUCUAUGACUCGCAAGAGGAGAAUGAUGAAGACGGAGACAACACGGUGACCCUGACCGCCGGGGAUAGUGGACGUCUACUUGUCCUUCGUCGAGCUUGUUUAGCACCAGUCACUAAGGACGAUAAGUGGCUUCGAACUAAUAUUUUUCGAUCUACUUGCACCAUCAAAGACCGUGUUUGUAGCUUUGUCAUCGACUCAGGGAGCUGUCGUAAUGUCGUCUCCGAGGAAGCCGUAGAAAAGCUAGGCCUCACUCGGGACAAGCAUCCCACACCUUACGAUAUGGGAUGGCUUAACAACAAAGCAAGCAUUCGCAUUACACAGCGCGCGAUCGUUCCUUUUUCCGUUGGCAAACAUUACCACGAUCGCAUCUAUUGCGACAUUGCUCCGAUAGACUUUUGUCAUCUUCUGUUAGGUCGUCCUUGGGAAUUUGACCGUAAAAUAAUUCAUGAUGGUGCUCAAAACACGUAUAGCUUUACGUGGGACAAUCGUCACAUCGUUCUCGUCCCGGCCCGAGAGACACCAACAAGCUCGUCUCCUCCAGCAGCGCCACGCAACCAAUCACAGACAACGACAAUCUCAAAACCAACGUCGCUUUUGUGUUCCUAUAAAACGUUUAUCUCGGAACUCCAAACAGAAGGUGUUGCAUUUGCCCUCGUUCCGUCAACUACACACCGUCUCCCUACAACACCACUCGCCUCAUCUCUGGACGAGGUGUUACAAGAAUUCAUCGACGUGUUCCCUACGGAACUACCCGAAGGACUACCACCUCUUCGAGAUAUACAACACCAAAUUGAUUUAGUUCCCGGCGCGACCUUACCUAAUCGACCUCACUACCGAAUGAGCCCUAUGGAGCAUGAAGAAUUGCGGCGGCAGGUCGAGGAGCUUUUACGCAAGGGCCACAUCAAAGAAAGCCUUAGCCCAUGCGCCGUACCAGCUCUUUUGAUACCUAAGAAAGAUGGAUCGUGGCGUAUGUGUGUGGAUAGUCGUGCAAUCAAUAAAAUCACGAUCCGCUAUAGGUUUCCGAUUCCACGGCUUGAUGACCUUUUGGAUCAGAUUGGUAAUGCGAAAAUAUUCUCCAAAAUUGAUCUGAAAAGUGGGUACCAUCAGAUACGUAUUCGCCCUGGUGAUGAGUGGAAGACAGCAUUUAAAACUCGAGAAGGCCUCUUUGAAUGGUUGGUAAUGCCUUUCGGGUUAUCUAAUGCUCCUAGUACGUUCAUGCGUAUCAUGAAUCAAGCUCUCCGCCCCUUCAUUGGUCGAUUCGUGGUCGUAUACUUCGACGAUAUUUUAAUCUUUAGUACUUCAUUGGCCGAGCAUACUGAUCACUUAUGCAAGGUUCUUACGGUGCUGCGAACAGAACAACUCUACGCCGCAAAACAGAAGUGUGAGUUUGGCGUGAACAAAGUUCUCUUUCUUGGAUAUGUCGUUUCCGAUCAGGGUUUAGCCGUCGAUCACUCCAAAAUUGAGGCAGUACAAUCGUGGCCUAUUCCAAAAACGGUUUCUGAGGUACGAAGUUUUCAUGGCCUCGCUUCAUUCUACAGACGUUUCGUCAAUCACUUCAGCACUAUCAUGGCACCAAUUACGAGCUGCAUGAAAGACGGAAAGUUUGAGUGGACUACGGUAGCGACGGAGGCGUUUGCUCUCAUCAAACAGAAGCUAACAACAGCCCCGAUUCUUGUCCUUCCAGACUUCUCUUUGCCAUUUGAACUACACUGUGACGCUUCUAAACUAGGCAUUGGGGCCGUAUUAAGCCAGCAGGGACGACCUGUGGCUUUCUAUAGUGAAAAGUUAGCAGGUGCUCGUGGACGAUACAGUACUUAUGAUGUGGAGUUCUAUGCGAUUGUGCAAGCUAUCAAGCAUUGGCGCCACUACUUAGUCCACAGAGAAUUCGUCUUAUUCACGGAUCAUGAUGCAUUGCGCCACCUAGACAGUCAGGCGAAAGUGUCGUCUCGGCACGCUUCAUGGAUUUCUUAUCUCCAACAGUUUACAUUCUCUAUUAAACAUCAGUCCGGGAAAUCAAAUCGUGUCGCUGAUGCCCUCAGUUGCCGACAUGGGCUUCUUACUACCAUGCAUACUAAGGUUCUCGGGUUUGCUUCCUUGUCAGACUUAUACCCUGAAGAUCCUUUCUUUGCUCGAGUUUUUUCUGAAGCAUCCAAUGGGAUUUCACGCGACUACGUCCUUCAUGAGGGUUUCUUGUUUAAAGACCUCCGCUUAUGUAUUCCGCAAAGUAGUCUGCGGCUAGAAAUCAUUAAGGAGCUUCACACAGAGGGGCAUGUAGGCAGAGAUCGCACGUUGCACUUGGUUUCCAUGUCCUAUUUUUGGCCAUCAUUACGAAGAGACGUUGAACGUUUGUCGAGAGAUGUCAUGUUUGUCAACAGGCCAAAGGUCGAGCUUCCAACGCAGGGCUUUAUUUGCCGCUUCCUGUCCCUACUCAACCAUGGACUGACGUCAGCAUGGACUUCGUUUUGGGAUUACCACGAACCCAGCGUGGUCAUGAUUCUAUUUUCGUUGUUGUUGACCGUUUUUCAAAAAUGGUCCACUUCAUAGCCUGCAAGAAAACAACAGACGCAGUCAGUGUCGCCGUCUUAUUCUUUCGAGAAAUUUAUCGUCUUCACGGGUUACCUACAUCAAUAGUCUCUGAUCGCGACACACGGUUCCUUAGUCAUUUUUGGCGUUCUUUGUGGAAGAUGUUAGGCACCUCCCUGGACAUGAGUACGGCUUACCACCCGCAGACCGAUGGUCAAACAGAGGUCACUAACCGAUCGCUCGGGAAUCUUCUUCGUUGCCUUGUUGGGGAUAAUAUCAAGACAUGGGAUGCAAAGCUAUCUCAAGCUGAAUUUGCACAUAACCAUGCAUUGAAUCGUAGCUUGGGUUACUCUCCUUUUCAUGUCGUCUAUGGCAUCAUGCCUCGUGGUCCCUUAGAUCUUGCUACACUCCCCGAUCGCACAAGACAUCAUGGUGAGGCAGUGGACUUCGUGGCGGAUCUCCAGCAGAUUCAUCGGCAGGCUCAAGCAAAUUUAGAGGUUGCAGCGGUCAAAUACAAAACAGCAGCAGACAAAAAGCGCAGGGAAGUUCUUUUUGAACCUGGAGAAAUGGUAUGGGUUUAUUUAACAAAGGAACGGCUUCCCCUUCGUGAUUACAACAAACUCAAAUCAAAGAAAGUAGGUCCUUGUGAAGUUUUAGAACGCAUCAACCCGAAUGCUUACAAGGUCCAGCUUCCAGCUCAUUUGCGUACCUCCAACGUCUUUAACGUCAAGCAUCUCUCCCCUUACCAUGGCGAUAAUGAGGAUCCAGAUUCGUGGACGAACCUUUCUCACCCCGGGGGAACCUGAUGCAGCGCAUCUUCUCUUUCACCGCCAUUACAUGGCUUUGCUUCUUUUGGGCUUUACGUGUGUUCUAAGUUUCCUUUUAUUACUAGGAAUAGAUAACUAUAAACUUUCCUUUAUAGCUUAGGGUUUUAACUUUAUCAGCCUUAUAAAUAGCGGCUUAGUCUUUGUUUUAGAGAUACGAUUGAUUGAAUAAGAUAUUAAGUUUCUUUAAGAGCUUUAACGAGCACUGCGAAGAGUAUUCGCGUCCCCCUAAGAGCUUUAACAAGCACUGCGAAGAGUAUUCGCGCACUAUCCAUUGUUUUCGAAGUUGCCUUCGGUAACAAGUUACUAAAGUCGAGAUCAAACCCUAGAUCAUCGACUAAUACGGCUUCCACACCAUAUCAUGUUUGUAACAUUAGCUGUAGUUAUGUGAUUGAGAUUCUGUCUAAAUUAGUUGCAUUUGUGUCUGAUAAAAUUGUUCAAGGAUAUGGCCUAUAGUGAGAAAGAAGAGAAGUUGUUACUAGAUGCAUUCUUUGAUCGAUGAGCAUAUCCGAUCUGUUCAAUCUAACUUCCAGAAGAUCAAAAAGGAGAAAGACAAGCAGCGAAAUGAUCAUGCAUUAAGACACCAAGCAAGGAGCUAUCACAACCAAUAGAGACCAAAAUCUGCCGUUAAGGCCGUGUUCGUUGACGGGUCGGGUGAUAAUGCUGUCGAGUCACGCAAGAAAUCAGGUUAGAGCCAGCCAGUAGUUUCAUAUUAAUUUAGCACUAUUGCUUCUUUUUUUCAUAUCAAAUCCAUUAUAAGUUUAUGUUUUGAUUUUCUUAAACGAGUUACAUAUUAUAAUGGACAACAAAUAAAAUAAAGAGAUAUGAAAUAACGCCGUCUAUAUACUUUGAGAUUCCUACUUUGUUUUAUAGGGGUAAGCAUAGUGGGAAUCUUGUGUCUAUAUAAGAUUAGAUCCUAAGUAAUAGCUUAUUCUCUGCUUCUCCUUCUCUUGGUUUCUGCAUAUUACUUAAGUGUUGUAUAAUACUAAUUGCUUUUCACUUUUCCCAUUUUAAAUAUGCAAAUGUCAAAACACAUGAACGUCAUGUGAAAACUAGACUUUACUUCACAUCUGUGUGUGUGAUUGAGAGUGAAACGGCGUUGAUGGAACAUGAAUCGCAUAUUCAUUCGCUGAUAAACGUAUUUAGAUACUGCAACAUGGACAAAUCAUUUCAAGGAGAGGAAAGUCUCAUCUCCCAAAACGCAUUGUUUAGUUUUCUUGCAACACUGAAGUGGGCUUUACUUGAAUUCUAUGUGUUUUUGGCUUCUUUCAUGAUGUAGGUCUGCUUCCUGAUAUGGUCCAAAUCAUUGUUUCACGUUUAGGGUUGCUUUCAUCCUCUAAUAAAAUUAAUGUAGUUGGGGUAUGCGAAGAUGUCUCGGUAAUUUCUGUUUGCGAAAACCUUAGUUAGAUCACAGAGCUUAUGAAAUAAGAGAGUUUGUAGAUUCAUCAAUUUCCAGUUAUAUUCUAGAUUAAGGAGGAGUGGGAUGAUGAUACUGGUUGUUUUAUGGAGCUCCAAACAGAUGAAGACCGGUGAUGGUGAUUGUAGAAGAUGACCGGAGACCUCGCCGUUCACCUGCAAUACACAAUUCGAGAAGCUGUUUCAUCUUCUCUUUCAUGAAGCCACGUGUGUGGUCUUUUUGUGUAACCUCACCUUAACCAAAAUCAAAGUAUGUAACCAACUCUCACAAAUACAGUUUCCCACGAGCUUUAUUUUCAUAUUACUCCCAUUAAAUAAAAAAAAACGCAGGCACACCAUUUACAGAGCUUCUCACGAGCGAGAGAAAUGCGGCAACAUACCGUUCACUCACCUUUUCUUAUUAAUUCAGUUUACAGGCCCAAUCACAACAUACCAAUACUUUAGUGUCUUUAUGGCAAUAACAUUACUUUAUUUCAUGCACAGUAAAGCCCAAAAUACUGAAAAUUUUCCCACAAACUACUACUAUUAAUAAUUUUGAUAUGGCAAACUUUUUUUUGAUCAACUGAUAUGGCAACUUCUGUUGGCCAUGUUACCAAAAUUUAGAAUUUUGUAAGCCAAUACAACAAAAGAGGAGAAAGUCUUUUUCUUUUCGGGCAACAGAGGAGAAAGUAUUUAAGCCACAUUUCACAAUAUAUGCUACAAAGUAUAAAGAACCAUUAUAACAAGAAAAGAACAAAGAAUUUGCUGAACUACUCAUCAUUAUAACAAUAUUUGCGGAGAAGUGUAUAUCAAAUAGAACAUAUAGAAAUUCACUAAACUCAACCUACGAAAAAUAUUUAUUUAUCCGAGGUUCCGCAGAAGCUUUUCAACGUGUUGAUUCAGAGAGCUUAUAAUUGUGCUGCUUCUCCUCCUUCCUCCAAUGGCACCACCGCGACGGCACCUGCGCUGGUUGUUUCUCCGGCGAGUUCGUUUUAUUCCGAUAAGGCCUCUGUCAUGUCUAAGGAGAAGUUCAGAUAACUCAUCAGUUUGACUUGAGAUCACUAAGUUGAAGCCAGCGAAGUGAGGCUUACCUUUGAGAGAUGGGAACCUCUCUUCCUGCUACGCCUCUUGACCUUGUGCCAUGGCUUUCUUACGAGAGAGAUCAAGUUCAUGUCUUUGUGAGAAGCUAUGAAGUCGAAGACGUGCUCAAUCACCUCGUCCGGGAACUCAAAAAACGGAGAGCUCUACUGGAAACAUAGUCGUGUAAAGUCUUGAGCUUGGGAAACAGGGGAAUGAUUCCACGAGAUCUUAGACGAACUUAAAGCAGCCUCUCCACGGCACUGCUCCAAGUUCAAGGCCAGACCACUACAAUAGCACCACUGGAGAUGUUAUCACCGACCAGGAACGUCACAGUUCUGGUGCUAUUCUUGUGCUGGUGGUGGCUUCACUUGCUUGGCACGAGCACUGUCCACGUUUUCGACAGACAACUCCACCGCUAGAAGCUUUCUUCUGGCUUCAAGCUCUGAUUCAAGCUCCAUCACUUCAGGACGCGAUCGUAUCGGGAAGCAUCGCAUCUCUGUCACUCACAAGUUGAUUUUGGCACUCUGUUGGCUUUCCUUCUCGGCACGAUAAGUUUUAAGGUCAACUUGACCUUACCUUCCUCCUGAAGUUCGCCACAAGUACUAGCUUCAACUUCUCUCCGCAACGGCAUGUGAGGCUUUGUCUUCUUACAAGCACGUCAGGCACAACUAAGGAGAUGUUCACAAAAGAGAUACAAAUAGGAGAUGUUCACUUGAGCGCAUCACGAGUCUGAGUGUUUUGCUCUCAGCAGUCCCUCCAUCUCGUCCUCGGCUCUGUUACAACUCCUAAAAACAGAGCGCCUUCAACUUCUUCAUCAAAAACGCAAAGAAGGCCCAGCGUCUUCAAGCUCCAUCACGGUAGACGUAUGCGACAUGGUUUCGCCUGCAUCUCUAUACAUCGUCAGCAACUUCAAAUCCAUAAGAUCAUCCGUCCCUGAAGAAAAAAAAUCUCAUCACGACCACCCACCGCAAAGAUAAGUUAUUUUAUAAAAUUAUUAUAUGCUUUAAUGACUUUUAAAUUACACACAUGUGUCAUGGUAGACAUUAUAGAUGUGUUUUGAAUUAUUAAAAAAGUCUAAGCAACUCAUUCUCGUAUGAAUUUUAUGAGGUGACUCUUGUUAUUUGCUUUACUGUUGAUAACUUAUGAUAUUAAUAAGUUGAUAAUUAAUAUAUCAUCAUGUUAAUCACAAGCAUUAAGCAAAACAAGUCUGAUCGCUUUCUUAUUAAUUAUGCAAAGUUGGUUAUGUUUUUUGGUUUAUAUUGAUCUAAUCAUGAUCAUGCUUUUUGUGAGCCAGCGAUCGUUGAGCCAAAGACAAGUGGCUGCCAUCAUCAUGUCCUCAUGCUUCGAAAGACGGUCCUCAUGUCGGAAGCGGUACAAGCGGCACAAGCCAGAACGUUUCUCAACAUCAUCACAGCCUGACGAACAUACAAACCAACAACUUGCUCAGCACACACGAUCUCAACACAAGACUUUGGUCGGCAACAGUUCGGUAAAUUUGUAUUUUAGGCACGAGUUUAAAUUGAACUUGCUUGUUAUUUAGUACGAGUUUACAGUCGAUUCGCUUAUUGUUAGACACGAGUUUACAAAGACUCGUCUUUGGCUAGGCAUGAGUUUACAGAAACUCUCAUUCUACUAGGCACGAGUUCUCAGUAAACUCGCUUUUGUCUCAGCGUGAGUCCAGUAAACUUGUCUUUCGCUAAGCACGAGUUUAAAGCAAACUCGCCUUUUACUAGGCACAAGUUCAAAGUAAACUCGCCUAAAUCAUCAUAUGCAUGAAUGUGUCUAGUUAAUUGUCUAAUAAACCCUAUUCGUAAAAUUCAUAGA